ACAUCGCCACUGAGUAGCAAGAGGCUGGAAUGUUCGGACAUUCCGCUGCGAGGACACGGAGCACUUGUUGCAUGCAGGGUCAGAUAUAGCCAAUCGGUUUUAUUUCUGCUUUUUUCAAAGUUUGCGAAAUUACGAGAAGAACUGAAAAAAAUAAUCCCAUUGGUCAUGACUCAAUGGCGCUGGGGGUACGGUUCAGACAAGUUGAGGCGCUUAAUCGAACUGUAUUCAAUAGAGGGGGGGGAAAGUCGAGCAUCUCAUAACAGGUUUACCCAGUCGUGUGAGUUAACCUGUAAACGGAUGGUUAAUCUUCUGUAGGGGUAGUUCAGCAACAAAGUUAAAGUGGACUCCACAUUUCGGAGGUCUGCAUUCUCAGCAGCGCGUUUUCAAACUUGAAAGUCGACCAAGAGGGGAAUUCGUUCAGUUUGAAAUGGGAGCAGUGUUGGCAUUCAUAAAAAAACUGUGGUGCGUCCGAAAACAGCUGAUAAUACUUCUCACGCCGCUUCUACUUCUCCCGUUAGUUUUUGUGCUUCCAGAGAAGGAGGGGAGAUGCCUGUAUGUGGUGCUGCUUAUGGCCGUAUUCUGGUGCACAGAGGCCCUUCCAUUGGCCAUCACCGCCCUCCUGCCCAUUUGCCUCUUCCCCACCAUGGGAAUCCUCCCCUCGAAAAAGGUCUGCCCUCAGUACUUCCUCGACACCAACUUUCUGUUCUUCAGCGGCCUGGUCAUGGCGUCCGCCAUCGAGGAGUGGAACCUGCACCGCAGGAUCGCUCUGAAGGUCCUCAUGGUUGUUGGGGUGAAACCGGCUUGGCUCAUAUUGGGCAUGAUGCUCACAUCCUCCUUCCUGUCCAUGUGGCUCAGCAACACGGCCACUACUGCCAUGAUGCUGCCCAUCGCGAGCGCUAUCCUGGAGAGCCUGUUUGGAGACUUACAGACACUGAAGGACAACUGCAAGAUCAAGGAUGAGCCGGAUGGUAAAACACCUGUGAAGCUGCAUGCGCUGACCUCUGAAAAACAAAUACUGACGAUGGAGGACGGAAGGAAGGAUGGUCAGGAGCCAUUUGAUGGGAGGACGACGGUGGAGAUCAGGACGGAGGCCGAGUACCAGCUGAAGGUGUGGAAGGGCUUCCUGAUCUGCAUCCCCUACGCUGCCAGCAUCGGAGGGACGGCCACCCUGACUGGGACCGCCCCCAAUCUUAUCCUGGUGGGCCAGAUGAAAAGCUACUUCCCCGAUUGUGACCUCAUCAACUUCGGCUCCUGGUUUAUAUUUGCCUUUCCUCUGAUGGUGGUGUUUCUGUUCCUGGGCUGGAUAUGGAUCGCCUUUCUCUACGGAGGACUCAGUACACAGCUGAGGCCCUGUGCCGCGAAGCAGGACAACAGAGCGGCGGCGGAGGCCAAAGCCAAGGCCGUCAUUGAAGAAGACUACAAGAAACUGGGCCCUAUGAAUUUUGCGGAGAAAUCCAUAGGUUUUUUUUUCAUUAUGUUCGCCGUUCUCCUCUUCACCAGAGAUCCAAAAUUCUUUCCAGGAUGGGAAAGGUUUUUCAAUAAGGGGUACGUUUCAGAUGCUGUCACUGGUGUUGUCAUAGUCUCCAUACUCUUCUUCUUCCCCUCUCAAAGGCCUUCUUUUAGCUGGUGGUUUGAUUUCCGAUCACCAAACACACAGUACAUCCCUCUUGUCUCAUGGAAGAAAGUGCAGGAUUCUGUCCCAUGGAACAUCAUCCUGCUGCUCGGUGGAGGGUUUGCAAUGGCCAAAGGGUGUGAGGAGUCGGGACUGGCUUCGUGGAUCGGGAAGCAUCUCCAGCCGCUGGCCGAGGUUCCGCCAGGCCUGGCCCUCUUGCUGAUCACCGCCUUCGUCGCCUGCUUCACCGAGUUCGCCAGCAACACCGCCACCAUCAUUAUAUUCCUGCCCAUCAUCGCCGAGCUGGCAUUAAACAUCCGGAUCAACCCUCUCUACUUCAUGAUACCCGCUACCAUCGGCUGCUCAUUUGCAUUUAUGUUGCCCGUCUCCACCCCGCCAAACUCCAUCGCCUUUGCAUCUGGCCAUCUUAUGGUGAAAGACAUGGUCAGGACGGGCUCUAUGAUGAACGUCCUGGGCAUACUGGCGGUCUGCCUGGCUGUGAACACUUGGGGGGUGUACAUGUUCGAUCUGACCACGUUUCCCGACUGGGCCGUUCCGGUCAACACGUCCACGGCUCUCGCACACCCGCACAACCUCACGGUCAGGCACUUAAACGCCACCGGGUGAAGUAGGACACACCCCCUUCCCCACCCCUAUCUCUCAGGCUCCUCCAAUCAAAAUGCAAAUCUAAAUGCCUAUGUAUUUAAGGUUAAAAUAUUAUUUUGAAUCAGGAGAAUUAAGGUUUGAAAUCAGUGUUGUUAUAUCACAAAUAUCUAACUUAACUGUGAUUUAAAGGACUGGAAGUUUUCUGAUUCAGUUUGUGCAUUGGACUUUAAACAUUUUUUAUGUGUUCUGGUAUAAUUAUUUGUCCUUUUUUAAUUUAAAGUCAAUUUUAAUUGAAAGUUAAUUUUAAGUUCUGUGGCACAUAAAGGUUGAGUCUUUCUGAGAGGGAUGCUGAGAAACUGUUACAUUUUCUAUGCUAUGCAUCAUGUAAUUGCCUUAACGGUUCAUGCAUUGGUCAUGAAUGUACACAUAGAUUGUAAGGAGUUUUCUUCUGUAUAUGUAAGUUUUAACAAUGCAUUUUUAUUUCAAAAGACACAUGCAGACAUUUUUGAUGUAUGAAGUAUUGAAGUAUGUUUAUGAGACACGGUUGUUAUUAUUUGGGAUAUUUUCACUGAUUUGAGGUGUGACUUGUCAUCUUUUACCCCCUCACUGUUCUGUGUGAAUGCGUUAACUUGCAUUUCAGUGUUGAAAAGGAGCAAUGUCACAGUCAUGGAAAGAUAAUUGUAAACUUGCGCUUGGGUGAUUCUAGUUACACAGUUACCUCGAUGGCCAUUGUCACUGUAUUCGGCACUCAGAGGAAAUGCACAAAUAUGAAAUGCCUGUCAUAUCUAGAUGAACAUUUGUAUCAAAGUACAAUAUCUGUACAUUCCAAGAUUUGUUCUCACAUUUGUCUACACAUACACAGAUGCAAAUGUGCACCUACACACACGGGCACUCAUACUCAUGCCUGAACAAACACAAGCACUCACACACUCAGACAGACAUAGACACACAAAUUGAGAGACAUUACAAGGAACUCGGCAUUAAUAUUACAAGGACUUGGCAUUCAAAUUAUAUUUUGUCCAAUGAGAUGAAAUGGACCAAUGCUGCUAUGAAAAUGUACAUUGAGGGAAGUCCCACCCUAAAAAAAUAAAGAUUGCAUAUGAGCAGGAACAUAAUAGUUUAUUUAUGCAUAUACUGUAUGUUUUUAGAAAAAUAAAAUGAAGAAUGUGAA